CCCAGCCGCCCUUGCGCCCAGCCCGGCGCUCCUCAAGAUGGCGGCUGACAGUGAGCCCGAGUCGGAGGUGUUUGAGAUCACGGACUUCACCACGGCGUCGGAGUGGGAAAGGUUUAUUUCUAAAGUUGAAGAAGUCCUGAAUGACUGGAAACUGAUUGGAAACUCUGUGGGAAGGCCACUUGAAAAGGGUAUAUUUACUUCUGGCACUUGGGAAGAGAAAACAGAUGAAAUUUCCUUUGCUGACUUCAAGUUCUCAGUCACUCAUCAUUACCUUGUACAAGAGUCCACUGAUAAAGAAGGAAAAGAUGAAGUAUUAGAGGAUGCCAUUCCACAGUCUAUGCAAGAUUUGCUAUGUAUGAAUAAUGACUUUCCUCCAAGAGCACAUUGCCUGGUAAGAUGGUACGGCCUGCGUGAGUUUGUGGUGAUUGCUCCUGCAGCACAUUGUGAUGCAGUUCUCAGUGAGUCUAAAUGCAACCUUCUUCUAAGUUCUGUUUCUAUUGCCUUGGGAAACACUGGCUGUCAGGUACCACUGUUUGUUCAAAUUCAUCACAAAUGGCGAAGAAUGUAUGUGGGAGAAUGUCAGGGACCUGGAGUCCGAACUGAUUUUGAGAUGGUUCAUCUUCGAAAAGUGCCAAAUCAGUACACUCAUUUAUCAGGUCUGCUGGAUAUCUUCAAAUCAAAGAUUGGAUGUCCUUUAACUCCAUUGCCUCCAGUUAGUAUUGCUAUUCGAUUUACCUAUGUGCUCCAGGAUUGGCAACAGUACUUCUGGCCUCAGCAACCUCCGGAUAUAGAUGCCCUUGUAGGAGGAGAAGUUGGAGGUCUAGAGUUUGGCAAGUUACCAUUUGGUGCCUGUGAAGAUCCUAUUAGUGAACUCCAUUUAGCAACUACAUGGCCUCAUCUGGCUGAAGGAAUCAUUGUGGAUAAUGAUGUUUAUUCUGAUUUGGAUCCAAUUCAGGCUCCUCAUUGGUCUGUUAGAGUUCGAAAAGCUGAUAAUCCCCAGUGUUUGCUAGGUGAUUUUAUCACUGAAUUUUUAAAAAUUUGCCGUCGAAAGGAAUCAACUGACGAGAUUCUUGGACGAUCCACAUUCGAGGAGGAAAGUAGAGAUAUUGCUGAUAUAACUCAUGCUUUGUCAAAGUUGACAGAGCCAGCACCAGUUCCAAUUCAUAAAUUAUCAGUUUCAAAUAUGGUACACACUGCAAAGAAGAAAAUACGAAAACACAGAGGUGCAGAAGAGUCACCAUUGAAUAAUGAUGUCCUCAAUACUAUUCUCUUGUUUUUAUUCCCUGAUGCUGCUUCUGAGAAACCGUUAGAUGGAACUACUGCAGACAAUAGUAAUCCUCCAUCAGAGAGUGAGGAUUAUAAUCUCUACAAUCAGUUUAAAUCAGCACCAUCUGAUAGUUUAACAUACAAACUGGCUUUGUGUCUUUGUAUGAUCAAUUUCUACCAUGGAGGGUUAAAAGGAGUGGCACAUCUCUGGCAGGAGUUUGUUCUUGAAAUGCGCUUCAGAUGGGAAAACAACUUUCUGAUUCCAGGGUUAGCAAGUGGAUCACCAGAUUUAAGAUGUUGCUUAUUGCAUCAAAAAUUACAGAUGUUAAAUUGUUGUAUUGAAAGAAAGAAGGCACGUGAUGAGGGGAAAAUGACAAGUUCUUCAGAUAAUACAUACCCAGGGGAUACUGGAAAAGCUGGAGUACAGUUGGGACCUGAUCAUCUCAAAGAUACAGAUAAGGAAAAGGGAGAGGUGGGAAAAUCUUGGGAUUCUUGGAGUGACAGUGAAGAAGAAUUUUUUGAAUGCCUGAGUGAUACUGAAGAAUUUAAAGGAAAUGGACAAGAGAGUGGCAAGAAAGGAGGACCCAAGGAAAUGGCAAACUUAAAGCCAGAAGGACGGCUCUAUCAGCAUGGAAAACUUACAUUGCUACAUAAUGGAGAACCUCUUUACAUUCCAGUAACUCAGGAACCAGCACCUAUGACAGAAGAUCUGCUAGAGGAGCAGUCUGAGGUCUUAGCUAAAUUAGGUACAUCAGCAGAAGGGGCUCACCUCCGAGCACGCAUGCAGAGUGCCUGUCUGCUCUCAGAUAUGGAGUCUUUUAAGGCAGCUAACCCAGGUUGCUUUCUGGAAGAUUUUGUGAGGUGGUACUCACCCCGGGAUUACAUUGAAGAGGAGGUGACUGAUGAAAAAGGCAAUGUAGUUCUAAAAGGAGAAUUGAGUGCCCGGAUGAAGAUCCCAAGCAACAUGUGGGUAGAAGCCUGGGAAACAGCUAAACCAGUUCCUGCUAGGAGGCAAAGGAGGCUUUUUGAUGAUACCCGAGAAGCUGAAAAGGUGCUGCACUAUCUGGCAGUCCAGAAACCUGCAGACCUUGCUCGGCAUCUUCUACCUUGUGUGAUUCAUGCAGCUGUUCUCAAGGUAAAGGAAGAAGAAAGUCUGGAGAGUAUUUCUUCUGUGAAGAAGAUUAUAAAGCAAAUCAUAUCCCAUUCCAGUAAAGUUUUGCACUUUCCCAAUCCAGAAGACAAGAAAUUGGAAGAGAUCAUCCAUCAAAUUACUAAUGUGGAAGCUAUAAUUGCUAGAGCCCGGUCUCUGAAAGCCAAGUUUGGAACUGAGAAAUGUGAACAAGAAGAAGAAAAGGAUGAUCUUGAAAGGUUUGUGAGCUGCCUAUUGGAGCAGCCUGAAGUGUUAGUCACCGGGGCAGGAAGAGGACAUGCUGGCAGGAUCAUUCACAAGUUGUUUGUUAAUGCUCAGAGGUCUGCAGCCAUGGCUCCACCAGAGGAGGAACUGAAGAGAACCGGCAGCCUAGAGGAAAGGAGGCAGAACUCCGUGUCGGACUUCCCCCCUCCUGCAGGCCGGGAGCUCAUCCUGCGUGCCUCUGUGCCCCGCCCAGCUCCCUACUCCAGGGCGCUGCCACAGCGGAUGUACAGUGUCCUCACCAAAGAGGAUUUCAGACUCGCAGGUGCCUUCUCAUCAGAUACCUCCUUCUUCUAAAUCUUCAGCUUCCUUGUGGGCUGUAGAGGCAGCACUGUUUCCUGUGGGAUGGUAAGGAAGGGAGACGGAAGGGGGAGACCUGAGUGUUGGGGAGAGGCCCCCUUCCAGCCAAAUGAGCAAAGGUCACACCAGCAUCUGAAGGACUCUCAGCUCCUGGCUCAUGCUGCAGAGGGACUGCCUGAGGCUGUGCUGUGGGGAGAUGGCCUUUGUAUAUGAGGGAAACCAGAACUCAACAGGUCAUCUAUCCUCACUGUAGUGGAACAACAUUCUUUGUAUUCUCCUCUGCCUGUCCUUGGGGCUGGGGUCUUGCCUUCAUCAUAGUCUGUGUAAACACUUAAUGGUUUUACUUAUUAAUAUCAAGUAUAAAAAAUAAUCUCAACUCAGAUUUCCAGGUAUUUUGGUGGUAACUUCUAGUCAAAGAAUCUGUUUUUAAAUUACUAUAUUUUAUUUUGUUUAUUCAAUCACCUGGUGGUCAGCUUUAUUACACUAAUUUUUGAGGAUGACUUGGAAUAUUCCAGGAGAACGCCUAGAAUCUGUUUUUGUUUUUCCGUGUAACUGUAUCUUAAAUGUAUUCUAAUUAAACUGUACAUGAAAUGUCAUUGCAAAUUACUUUAUACAUAUCCUGUAAGAUGUGUUUUCCUGUCUGCUCUUGUGGUACUGUGUGAGUCUUAGCCUGCACAGGGUUCCCCUUCCCUGGCACAAAGCAUGCUUUCCUUCGAGGUCUGCUGGCUAGGUAGCUCAUUUGAGGAGGCAGCAAUGAGCACAGCCUAGCAGUGCCCUUGUGGCACUUAGUAUAUAUGCGAAAUGUAAAGAGUGCAGGAUUACUUUAAUGCACUAUUUUGCUUUUGCGUUUAAUCAAAAAGAAGAAAAUGACCCAAUGAGGAUGUGUAGCAUAACUGUAAGGAUAACAGUGCCACAUGUCCUGUUUUUGUGAGGAUCACAGUGUACUGAUUCUGUGUUGCUCUAUGGCCUUUGCUUAGUAAUUGUAAAUUAAUUUUAGGCAUAAAAUUACUACAUUAAUCCAAAGUUACAAAUAGCUAUAUUGAAGCAUAAAUUCUGCCUGUGUAAUUUUAGUGAAUUGAUAGAACUGUGCAAAUUGUUAAAUUAUUUUUGUAAAAGUUAUAUACAUAUAUAGUAUGUGAGACACACAUUGAUAAUGUGAGUAGGAGGUUAGUAGCCUUCAGAUACACUCCCCUUACAACCCUUUUCUCCAAGAUGCUGCCCUGCACUGCUAGACCACACAGACCAAGUAGGUGAUGUUUCUAUCAGCACUUAUCUGCUUUCAGAGGAUGUUAAAAACUACACUGGAGAGGCUGGACUUUAGAACAGCAUCAUAAAUCUAAUAAAAAUGACAGUGUUGUUUCUGUG